AUGAAGUGUGUCAUUGCGGGGGCUCAUCUCAGAGUGUUUGGAAGAGCAAUACAUGCCAUAGCACGUAUUAGUGAUGAAUUUUCGUUUGACCCCAUAGAAAAAGGUCUUGCACUAAGAUCAGUGAAUUCUUCAAGGUCAGCAUAUGCAUAUGUCUUCUUCUCAUCUAUGUUUUUUCAACAUUACUGCUGGAGAGCUGUGUCUCAACCAUGUCAGAAGGAAAAACAGUUAUCCCUCCCAUGUAAAUUGAUAAUUAAGUCAGUUCUUCCUGUAUUUAGAUGUGUAAAUGUGCUGGAAAGGAAUGUAGAGAAAUGCAGCAUUUAUACAAAUAUUAAUGAUCAUCACGUAACUUUUCAGCUUCUCUGCAAAUACGGUGUUGUAAAAACGUAUAAUCUGACGUGUCAAGAAUGUGAUCCGUUGCAGGCUGUUUUUGCAAGGCACAUGUGUCCAAACAUACUUAAAGUCCACUCCAGGCUGCUGGCUGAUAUAAUGAUUCACUUUCCAACCAGUCAAGAAGAAGUAACCUUAUCAGUUACUCCAAUGAAAGUUUGUUUCAAGAGUUACACUGAGGAAGACACGGAUUUUUCGAAGACGAUGCUUACUGAAAUACAACUAAAUCCAGAUGAAUUUGACUACUUUCAAGUUGGAGUAGAUUCUGAAGUGACGUUUUGCCUUAAAGAAUUGAGGGGACUGCUAGCAUUUUCAGAAGCUACCAGUGUUCCUGUCUCAAUCCAUUUUGAUGUAUCUGGAAAACCAAUUGCUUUCAGCAUUGAAGAUAUGGUGCUGGAAGCCAGCUUCAUUUUGGCUACCUUGUCUGAUGUUGAAAAGGAGACAGCUUCCCAGCAGCCUCCCGACUUUUCACAGCGGCAGGAGAGCUCGAAGACCGGUAUGGGUAAAUCUGGGACAAAUUCCAUGGAUAAAGACAGCAAUGCAGAAGCAGUUGCUUCCAGAAAGCCACCAUGGGAUGGAAUUGCACCAAACACAGAGCCAGCAAAACCUGUGAGUCUUCUGGCAAAACAAGAGAUCAAAAGUAUUCCCAGAGUCACGACGAGAGAGGUGACAGGCAUGGAAGGAACAGCCAUGACUGAGACAGAGGGCCAUGCAAUGCUGGGAGGAGAGGCAAGAGAGUCUCAUUAUCAGAAGUUUCAUUCCUUAUUCUUUGGAGCAGUUUCUUGUAAGGAGGAUGCCAUCAGCCACACCUUCCAUAGUUUAGCAACAGCUAGCGACACCGAAGAGGAUUUUGGCAACGUGCAGAGCUCCCAAGUUCUCUAGUGACAUGAAGUGUUUGAAUCCACGUAAAGACUAUUG